AGAACUAUUUAAUAACGUUGUUAGCAUUGCUUUAGCGCAAACAUAAAGGCCCGAAUAUUGAGCUGCACGGACAGAUUAAAAUAAUAAUAAUAAUAUUCGGAAUAAGGGAAUCUCGCAUAAUGGAUAUUUCUGGAUGUGAGUAAAUGAAAAAAACAUAUUUUAAGAUUUGUUUGAAUAUUAUUGGAAUAUUAACCCCUAGUUAUUUGGGUAUUUCAGGCCAAAAGCCCAAUAUAGGUAAAAAAAAAGUGUAGAUAUAGCGUAUAACUGUUAACAUUGUCUAAUGGAAUCUAGGAUCCCCGACAUUUACGCAGCUUUUACGCGAUUUACCUGAUCUGGAACAUGAUGGGGGUUCGCAGGAGCAAAAGUCUGGCAGACAAUCACCAACGGCCUUUUUUCGUUCCGACAUACAGCCCGGUAUGCUAAAGGAUGCAUUAUGGACAUCUGACACGCAGGACUUUGAUGCAAUUCUACCGUUCUGUACGAGCGAUUUUUCAAACUCACCGCGAAUCCAGGGAACAUCGACCCCCUCCCGACAUAUUCCAGACCCCAACAGGCAACGAACAACUGCGGCCCAAGUACACUGCUCAGAAUCAAGCCCACCCGAAAACUACUGUUGGGCCGGGAACUUGCUGCUUCACGAGCCGGCGCUCCAGGGACAAGACUGCCCGGAGACAGGCCCAGCAGAAUCUGGAACGCUAGAGGGAAAAAGUCACACACCCCCGGUUUCGGCGAUUCGUCACAACAAGCGCCAAAAAAGCCGAGACUCCGCCCCGGCGAAAAACGGCACAGACGACCACAUACAUCUAGAGCUGGGGGAUUCCGGCGCCCCGAGCAUUCCGGAUGAAACACCCGAGAGACCUGUUUUUAAUGACAUGUCAGAUGUUGAUGACCAGCUAUUCUCUGAUGCGGCCAACCUUAUAGACCCAGUCAAUUCUACGGCCUCAGUACCUGCAGCCGAACAAGAAAGGUUUUUCACAUUAUUUUCCAGGGCUUUGAAAUCGAGGAAUGUUUUGCUAUACAAACGACUGGGGGAUUUAAUUGAGAGACAGUACAGAGACGAUAUGUUAUUCUGGCAUAGAACAAUUCCACGCAUGUUAAACAGCAACCCCAUUAAAAAACGCAAAUACAGACGCUAAAAUCAUACAUGUAACACCAACCAUUACAGAAAGAAAAAAAAACGAACACUCUUAAUUAUCCAAAAAUGGCAGAACUAACGCAACACGGGGAGACAGUUGAAAGCCUCUUAUCCCAGAUUCCAGACGAACUCCUAGAAAUUAUAAGACGUAUGAACGAUUCAGGAACGUUAGAUGAAAGCAUAUUAACACAGAUUCCAUCCGAACUCUUAGAAAUGAUUAAUCGUAUGAACCAGUCAGGGGGGGUUGAGGAAAACAUGUUAUCCCAGUUUCCCGAAGCCCUCAUAACCUUAAUUAAUCGGAUGAACGAGAGUCAGACAAUUUCGGCCCCGACAACCCCGACAGCGAUAGAACAACCCGUAACGCCUAGGUCCGUAGAGUCUGAAACGCCACAAGAUGUUUUUGGGGAAUUGGACAAUUGUCUAAUAAAUCUGGCGGCAGAUGUUCAUGAUAGAUGUGUCAGGGUUGUGUACAGGAAUAAAUUCAACAAUACAGAGAUUCGACAGUUUUUCAAUUUCCUAUGUGUGAAUCAGAAUCUUGACUAUGCUGUAUUUUACAUGAUGAUAAUGGACACUCUGAAUGACCUGUUAGAAACAGCAAGAGAUUAUGGCGAACCUCGUGAUGUCUUACAGUUGGAAAUAUGUGGAGAUAGCCUGCAUAAUACAGUAUCUCUUAUUUUACCCAAUGGCGAAGCAGAUCUUGAACAAUUUACAGCGCUGGUAGAACGCCUUGUUCAGUCAAAUUUAGCCAUCAUAGCCGAUCGGACCCUAGAGCUUGUAGUGCAAAUAAUACGUCAGCCGCAGGGGGGCGGUGGGCAGAGAAGGAAGCUUGAUAGCCUAAUGCAGUCAGAAAUCAUAAGCAAUAAAAGGGCCUACCUCAUAAACGUUCACAAUCCCGAUAAUAAGCUAUGUUUUGCAAUAGGCCUAGCGCAUUUACUUAACCCCGGAUGUACUGAUCUGACGGCAUUGCAAAAGGCUAGAGAGAUCCAAACGGCGGUGGGUCUCGGGAUCCAUGAAGGCGUGGCAUUCUCAGACAUUGUCAAAUUUGAAAACCUUCUGAAUAUCAAGAUUGUGGUUUUGUACCACAGUAGAGCUAAUGCAGCUCUCUUGAAGUUCCAAAACACACCCCAACCGCACCCCCAGAUUCUGUACUUUUAUGUGCAAAACGAACAUUACUAUGCCGUUACAAACGUCACGGCGUUCCUAGGGGCAACCUAUGUGUGUAGAUCCUGCCAUACCGGCUACAACCGAAAGGGGGGGCACUCGUGCCGUUAUAACUGUUCGGUAUGUCAGGAUGCAGAGUGCCCUAUGCAGACCCUAAACUUGACACCAUGUGAGGAUUGCCAUCGCACAUGUCGUUCGACCUACUGUUACGAUAAACACAAAAUUGAAACAUGGCACCCCAAGGCCUGUAAAUCUGUAAGCAUUUGUGCCAUUAACAAGAAAUGCCCAAAAUGUCAUUGCAAUUACAGCCUUAAAAUAGAUAGCCCUAAACCACAUGUUUGUGGAAUCCCUCAUUGUCCAAUCUGUAAAGGGGCUCUGAAAAGCAGAAAUGCUGAAGUGGUUCAAGAAGUGCCACACGAGUGUUAUAUUCAGCCCUUGGCUGAAGAUGAACAUUCAGAGAAAUAUGUGUUCUAUGAUUUUGAGACAAAUCAGCAAUCGGGGGAUCAUUUGCCUAUUUUUGUAUCUACCAUGACAUUCACGGGGGAAAAGUGGUCUGCAGAAGGAUCCAAUUGUGCACUACUCUUUCUAAAACAUUUUAGAAAACCACAGUACCGAAACUUUACGUUCAUAGCGCACAAUGCUAGAGCCUACGACUCUUACCUUCUUCUGAACCCCUUGAUACAGCAAGGCAUAGCGCCCAGGGUCCUAGCGCAAGGGAGUAAAAUCCUGUGUUUUGUAGAUCCCGCCUUCAACCAGAGAUACAUUGACAGUUUAAGCUUCUUACCCAUGAGAUUGGCUCAAAUGCCAGAGGCCUUGGGUUUUGAAAACUCUGUGAAAGGCUGGUUCCCCCACUUCUUCACAUCUGAGGAGAAUCUACACUAUAUAGGAUCAUAUCCCAGCCCAGAAAUGUAUGGGUGUGAUUAAAUGUCUCCCAAAGAGCGAGAGAGAUUCAUGACUUGGUAUGAGACAGUAAGACAUGGCACCUUUGAUUUCCAUAAAGAUAUGGAAUCAUACUGUGACAAUGAUGUGGUUAUACUUCGUGAAGGAUGCCUCAGAUUCAGAGAAGAGGUAAUCAAAGAUGCAGGUAUUGACCCUUGGAGUUGUACAACGAUUGCAUCGGCAUGCAUGAAAACAUACCGUACACACUAUAUGCCUACAUCCUCUAUAGCUAUCCCCUCGCCUGACAACUACCGACGCCAGUUCAAGGCCUACUCUAGUGGGUCCAUUCAAUGGCUAGAGUAUAUGGCCCAGGAUAAAGACAUUUUUAUUCAACAUGCUUUGAAUCGAGGGGAGAAGGCAUUUGGCUCUUACCAUGUAGAUGGCUACACCAAGAUUGACGGGGUUGAGACCGUGUAUGAGUACAACGGUUGUUUCUUCCAUGGUUGCAAAUCUUGCUUUGUGCCCCAGAACAUAUGUGUCCUAACCCAAAAUACUUUUGGGGAAAUGUACCAAGAGUUUCAAGACAAAGUUGAUUCGUUACAGGCUACUUACGGUCUAAAAGUGGUUGUUUUGUGGGAGCACGAAUGGACAGCCCUCAAAAAGUCUGAUCCUCAUGUUCAAGCAUUCCUUUCCAGCUUUGACAUCCCAGAACCUCUGGAACCAAGACAGGCCUUGUAUGGCGGCCAUACCAAUGCUUUGACAUUGAGGUAUGUAGCGCAACCCGGCGAGACAAUAGGCUAUGUGGAUUUUACAUCCCUUUAUCCUCAUGUAAUGAGUUCCUCAUGCUAUCCUAUAGGUCAUCCUGAAAUUAUUCAUCGUGAUUUUGACUUACCUCAAAACUAUUUUGGUCUGAUCAAAGCAACAGUCUACCCUCCAAGGGGUUUGUUUAUACCUGUGUUGCCUUACAGGGGUCCUCAAGGAAAACGUUUCUUUCCCCUUUGUCGCACCUGCAGUGAAAACAUACAACAAACCCCAUGUGAUCACACCGAUCAAGAAAGAGCACUGACAGGUGUAUGGGUCACAGCUGAAUUCUCUAAAUGUGUUUCUUGCAGCAUUUACCACGGCCUAUGGCCGACUUGAACUGUACAGGCUCAUGGAGCAGCUUCAGAGGCGGGUACUUUACCACGACACAGACUCUGUGGUCUAUGUAAGCAAACCAGGGGAUUGGAGCCCCCCACUCAGCAACUAUCUGGGUGGCUUAACGAGCGAACUCGCAGAGGGUGACCAUAUCACAGAAUGGUCAUCCUGUGGGCCCAAAAGCUAUGCUUUUAGAACGCUAAAGAAUCACGUGGUAUUGAAAGCCAAAGGAGUGACUCAAAACUAUGAAAAUGCCCAGCGUGUAAACUUGGAAUCAAUCACACGCUUGGUCGAGGGGUUCCUAAAUGACAGGAAUAGUGACUUGGAGAUUUUGAGCUCCUACAAAAAGAUUGUUAGGGAUAAAAAGGGCUUCCAUCUGAGGAAUGCCCCACUCAUUAAAAGAUUCAGGGUUGUCUAUGACAAGAGAGUGCUUUUGCCUGACGGGACUACAUUGCCCUAUGGCUACUGACUUAUGCUACAGGCCGCAGUGUGUCAGGCGUGACUCAAAAACUAUGAAAAAAAUACCCCUCGUGUAAAAACUAGGAAUCAAUCACACGUUUGUUUGAGGGGGGGUUCCUAAAUGACAGGAAUAGUGACUUUGAGAUUUAGGAGCUCCUACAAAAAGAUUGUUGUGUAUAAUAAAGGGCUUCCAUCUGAGGAAGGCCCCACUUACUAAAAUAUUCAGGGUUGUCUAUGACAAGAGACUGCUUUUGCCUGACUGGACCACAUUACCCCUUUGGGUGUUGACUUAUGCUACAAGCUACAGGGGUCUUAAAGCUUAAGAUAUAAUGACUGCUGUAGAAGGUUUUGACCCCCGGUUGCAACUACCAUUUUCGGCCUUAAUCGCAGGGCCUUCGAAUAGUGGUAAAACUUGUUUUGUAAAAAGUAUUUUAGAGAAUUCUGAACAUGUGUUAUCUCAAAAGCCUGAUAAUGUUGUGUGGUGUUAUUCAUGUUAUCAACCUCUGUAUGAUGAAUUGUUGAAGACA